CUUCGCUACGCUGGCUGCUUACUUCCUGUCUUAGAGCUCAGCGCGUGUAUUUCUGCUGGGCGAGGCGCUAUUACGCACGCACGCUAUUGCACCCAAAUAUUCAAAAGGGGCAACACAAAAGGCUUAGCUUUGCUCGCACAUCCCGGAAAAGUCAACGCGGAACGGAGUCGCAAGCCCCGUGGCUCCGACGAUUGCUCCAUCCGACUUGCAGCUCCGCGAAGCGACUCAUCAUAACUUGCAGAUCAAUUUGACGUAAGACCCCUAAAGCGUUACGCUUCAAGUCACGCUUGACUGUGAAUAGACCCCAGCUUCUACCGAUUCGACGAUGACCUUCAUCUCCGGCAUCCUCCUGCUGCUGACCAUGUCAAUGUGCUCCGCCAUUAUCGAAACUGGUGGUAACGAGCCAGUUAACGGGCCAACAUCUUCGUCGCUUUUCAAAGCGGCGCGAAGUUUGGCCAAGCAGAACAGUGGCCAGUACUUCAUCACUCUUGGAGGCCGUGGACUACUGGACAAGUUCAGCGGCGGCGUGCCCCUGCGAUCGGCCGGCAACGCCGAGUUUCUUCGCUCGCUGAUGCUGCCGCAUGUCCUACGAGCACUCCCUUACUAUUCGCUCGGGUCGGGAGCUGGACGAGGCCUGGGCAAGACUGGCGGCGACGUGUACCUGCGCAUGGUUGGCGAUUUGCUGCGGAGGCGCUUGUCGGACAAAACGUUCGACCACCGGAACGGGCUGAUGUUCAGCGACCACCCGGCGGUUCUUUACAAGCGCGGUUAUGGCCACGGCGACUCCGACGAAAUCGGCCACGCGGAAUGGCCGGGCUUCUACAAGCGCAACUUCGACGAAAUCGACAGAACUGACUUUGGGGAAUUCCGCAAGCGCAACUUUGACGAGAUCGACCGGACCGGUUUCGAGGGAUUUCGCAAGCGUAACUUUGACGAAAUUGACAGGACAGGUUUUGGUGGCUUCUACAAGCGUGUAGCUAUCAUGGAGGACUGAGCACCAGUGAAUCUUUAACCUGUGGCCUGUGCCCAAACUUCAUCCACCCCCACGGCAAUCUUCCAAACAUUGAAAUUCGCCGCGACACAUCCACCCCAUUGAAUGCUUCUGUAACUAUUCAGGACGCUCAGAAGGACUUCUCUAGCAAAGUGAUUGCUUGAGAAGGAAAAAAUAUGGCUUGAUUACUUAAGACAACUGUGUUGAUCAGGAAUCUAAAAUUCGUAUUACGCGAUCAGUAGGCCCCUAGAUAUGAGGGCCACUGAGAGUUCCCUCGCCAUGGGCAGCUGGACGUUCUUUUUCUGUUUCUUUUUGUUGUCUUCCAAGUGAACCAAGGAGAAGAAACUGAUAGCAGUUUUUAAUUUAUGUAUGUGUGCAGAACUACUCUACUAUAUACGAUUUCCAUGUUAUAAAAGGCGCAUUUGGGCAUGUGUGCGCUUCUCAGCCGGACUGGGACUAGCGAAACUCCACCACUUCAAACCAACUGAGGACGGACUCACUGCAAAGGUGCUCGUAUACGAAUAAGCGCGAUUACCUCUGCGUUGACACCUUUGAAUUUGUUGAUGGCUAGAGGUUGCUCUGAAGUUAUCGGUCAUUUCUUUAGGUUGCGAAAAAUAUGGGUUAGGGAACUGUGCGAAGCAAUUUUAAACACUUGUAAUGCACUUCGUUAAGCGUGAUGUCUGCCUACAUCCUUGUAAAUAAAUAUGUCGACCCUCACUCA